GAAAAAAUCCUUGUCUGACUCUGUAUCUGUAGGUACCUAAAAAAAACACAAAAGAAAAAUAAACCAUAAACCACAAAGUGUAAAAAAAUAUUAUAAAUUAUUUGUAAGUAAUUUGAGUUUAGAAAAUUAGAUUUAAUGGUAAUACGAAAGUGCUACAAUUCAAUAAAUGCGAGAUAAAUUUUUAAUUGGUUAUCUCCCUUUAAAAAUCGCGUCACGCAUAAUGUCCAGGUGUUUAUUGGUAACAUGCCGCGUCGACCGUGGAUUUUAAGAAAAAUAUUCAGGAUGCCUCUCACCGAAAACGGAGAUCAAUAUUCUAUAUGGGUUGGACUGAUAUACAUAUUCAACCUAAUAGUUGGUACAGGCGCCCUCACGCUUCCAGCAGCGUUUGCUAGAGCAGGAUGGGGACUCAGCACCAUAUCCCUGGUGUUCCUGGCCUUCAUGAGUUUCAUGAAUGCUACAUAUGUGAUAGAAACCAUGGCGUGCGCCAAUGCAGUGUUCAAGUGGAAAAGGCUGCAGUUUAUUAAGAGAAAUAGUAUUACAGAAAACGAAUCAGACGAAGAACCGACGACUUCUCAAACCAACGAGCUAGAAGACCCGCUAGUUUGUGGCGACGUCAUACCCUCGCGGUAUUACAGCCUGGACAAGCGAGUGGAGUUAGGCGAGAUGGCCAACCUGUUCCUGAACAAAGCCGGCCGGACUAUGUUCUAUUGCACACUCUGCGUGUAUCUGUAUGGCGACCUCUCGAUAUAUUCCGCGGCAGUCGCGAAAUCCUUGAUGGAUGUUGUAUGUUCAUCAGUACCCGCAAACCUCACAAACAUGACGGACUGGGAUAUACUACCAUGUUUCCACAACACAUCAGAACCAACCUACACCCGCUUUGACUGCUACAGGGUCGCAUUGCUAACAUUUUUCGGAGCUAUGGGACCAUUUGUGUUCUUCAACGUGCAGAAAACCAAGUAUCUCCAGUUGUUCACAUCCGGGAUGCGCUGGCUUGCAUUUGCCAUAAUGAUCACAAUGGCAAUCCACCUGCUCAUAGCAAACGGUCCUCAAGGCAAACCGCCCGCGUUCGACGUCACCGGAAUGCCCACACUCUUCGGAGCUUGCGUCUACUCCUUCAUGUGCCAUCAUUCCUUACCAGCUCUCAUCAGCCCCAUCAGAGGAAAGAGCCAUUUAGGCUUGCAUCUCGCUCUGGACUAUGGAUUAAUAAGCAUCUUCUAUCUCCUUCUCGCUUUCACGGGCGCGUUCGCGUUCGCGCAACUUAACGAUUUGUACACUUUGAAUUUCGUUCCUACGGAUAACGAAAAUAUAUUUUUGGAAAUCGUCGAGUACUUCCUAGCGUUGUUCCCAGUGUUUACUUUGUCUACCAGUUUUCGUAUAAUUGCGAUUACUUUACGGAAUAAUUUACAGAGUUUAUUUCUCGAUACUAGCAGGUUAGAGUCGUAUAAUUUUAUUUUGAGGAAAUUAUUGUUUCCGAUUGUAGCUGUCGUACCGCCAUUAUUGCUGACAUACUUUCUAGAAGAUAUCAGUAUGUUGAUAAGGUUUACUGGGUCGUAUGCGGGCACUGGCAUACAGUACUUGAUGCCUACUUGCCUAGUACUCUCUGCUAGACGACAUUGCUCGACUUUGCUCGGUUACGGUGUUGUAAAUAAAUAUAAAAGUCCGUUUUCCAAUAUGGCGUGGGCCAUUUUUGUGUUACUAUGGUCCUUCGUUUGUAUAAUUUUGGUGUCUGUAAAUAUGUUUGAAAAGAAAUCAUGACACCGAGACGUUUUGCGAUUUUAAAAUGUAAAGCACAAUGUGGCUAACAGCCGAAGUUAGUAACAAACAAUCUAUCCGUAAUCUGUCGAUAGCGCCGUCUUUUUAUUUAUUUAUUUGUACCAGUAAGUUGUAACAGUAAAGAGAAAAAGAAAGAAAAAAUGGACAGGGAAGCACUUAUCUCUAUAAGAGAUCU